UCAUUAUUGUCCGUCUCUUCGGUCUUUCCCUCGUUCAGAAAAAAAUAAUUCCCCUGCUUUUCUGUUCUUCUCCUCCUCUGCUCUCACGCAGAGGAUAUCCAAAUUCGCCCGCCUCCUUUGGUUAUCUGCAGACUCUCGCCUUUCUAUUGAUUCCUCCCCUCCUAUCGUGUCUGCAGAUAACCAUUUCGGUUUUUCCGGCAAUGGAGUUGGUUCCAUACGCCGACCCAGAUUCCAAGGCGCCGGAGUCUGCUUCUUCUUCUUCCUCUUCAACUCUGCCAUGGCAGGAUAUGUUCAAAUCGGCCUCAUUUCGCAAACCCACCACGGCGCCCUCCGGCAAGCCUCCGAAUCCAUCUGGGUCCUCUAAUUCGAGCGACCAAACUAAUAAAGACGCCACCUUUUUGGGGGAUCCCCAGGUACGACUCGCUCUCUGCAUAGCCAUGGCACACGCCGGUCUCGCCUUCACAAUCUUCGUUCUCUAUUUCGUCUGUAAGCUCCUUCAGGAGUAUUUGCGCCCAAUUCAGUGGGCAAUUUUGUGCUCCAUACCCUUGAGGGGCAUUCAGCAGGCCCUCGUUUCAUUUUGGGAGGAGCCUCUCCAAUUAGGGCUCACUGAGACUGUCCUCGCCGUCCCCAUAGCAAUUUUCCAGGUUUUCGUAGGGACCCUUGUCGAAAUUAAAGAGCUUUGCCUUAGGGUUUUACAGAAAAAUCCCAAAAAGGAACGAAUCAAGAGGAAUCGAAGUGGAUUUUCCAAGCUAGUGAGGUGGUUGGUCUCAUUUGGUGUCUUUGUAAUUGCCUAUGAGAACAUUGGUGCUAUGGGGGCGCUCUCCAUUCUAGGUUUGGGUAUCUUGUGCAGUACAAAGACUGUAGAUUCCACAUUCUCUGCUGUUUCUUCUUUUAGGAGCAACAGCUUUAAGCGCAGUCCGAUUACUGCAUUCUUCACUAGAGGGAUAUUGAAGAAACUCAAGACAACAGUUGCAGUUGGCCUUAUUAUUGGCAUGAUUGUCGGAUUCUUAGUUGGGUUGAUAUUCUUCUCAUACAAGAUUGGUGUUGAAGGGAAAGAUGCUGUAAUUUCUUUAAAAUCUCAUGUGGAAGAGAGCAAUUAUGCUGAGAAGUUUGGUGUGAGGAAGUGGAUGGAUGAGAAUGAUGUCCCUGGAAUGGUUGAUAGGUAUACAACCACGUUCUACGAGACAGUUUCUGACCAGAUUGAUAGUCUUGCAAUGCAGUAUAACGUCACUGAAUUGGUCACGGGGAUCAAGCAUUUCAUCAUCACUCCUCCAACCAAUUCUUCUUUAGAGCAAUCAGCUCUUAUGAUGAGCCCACCUCCUUACACUGAGAAGCUCAUGAGCUUAAGAAAGAAAGUUAGUGACCGCCAAUGGGGAGAAAUUUACACUGAACUGGAUGCAAUCUUCAAGGAACUAAUUAUUAGCCGUGAGGAUAUACUCGAGAAGGCGAAAGGGUUUGCUCUUCGAGGGAUGGAUGUCUCUCAACGUGUUUUUGCCAGCAGUGCUUCAGUGCUAGGGGGAGGUGCUAAGCUGAUGCUGUCGGUUGGGAACUCUAUCAUCUCUGGAGCAGCUGAGGUUUUCAAUUUUGUCUCCAUGUCGAUGGUUUUCUUCUGGGUUUUGUAUUACCUGAUCACAUCGGAGUCUGGUGGGGUAACCGAGCAGGUGAUGUGCAUGCUGCCAAUGAGGAAAUCAGUGAGGACCAGGUGUGUCGAGGUUCUUGACAAGGCCAUUUCCGGUGUUCUCCUGGCUACAGCUGAGAUUGCAUUCUUUCAAGGAUGUUUAACAUGGCUAUUGUUGAGGCUUUACAAAAUCCACUUCCUUUAUGUGUCUACUGUUCUUGCAAUCAUCAGUCCUCUGCUGCCGAUAUUUCCACCAUGGUUUUCCACGAUUCCAGCUGCUGUGCAGCUGGUGCUAGAGGGCAGGUAUGUUCUGGCGAUCAGCCUGUCGGUGAUUCAUCUUCUGCUUAUGGAUUAUGGUGCUUCAGAAAUUCAGGAGGAUAUACCUGGACACAACGAGUAUCUCACUGGGCUCAGCAUCAUUGGUGGAAUGACAUUGUUUCCCUCCGCAGUGGAGGGGGCAAUCAUGGGUCCAUUGAUUACGACAGUUGUUAUCGGCCUCAAGGAUUUGUAUGUGGAAUUUGUGUUAGAAGAGCCAAAGAAGAACUGAGGCGAUUAAGCAAGUCAAAAAUAGGAAAAACAAGGUUUGCUCGCACCUCACGGUCUUUUUCCUGUUGUGAAGUUGAAGUGUAUACUGCUAGGAUCCUCGUAGAAUGUUGUUUUCUUGGGGCACCUAUUGUUCAGCUUUUUAUUGGUGGUCUUUUGGUUUCCUUUACUCUGGCUCGGUGUACAAAAUCAUGGUAGCAAGCAGCAACUGUUGCUAAUGUAUGUCGGGGCUGCUUGGUUUGGUAUUGGGUUGGCUAUUGGCCUGAUUGUAUAUGUUUCUGGUAAGUUUGCAAGUUGCAACUCUGUACUCCUGUUGUCCUUUUGGGAAGAAAUUGCAUUUUUGCAAGUCCGUAGCUCAAAAUUUAGAAAUUUCUGACUAAAGCAGCCAUUGAUUUUGA